AUGAAGGUGCUCAAUAAGAGUAUGGUAUUACUAUUGACCUUAAUUUUUAUGCUUCCGAAGACAACAUCCCAAGAUAGCCUUCUAUGUUAUUCAAAACUGAACAAAAACCACGUGGUUCGGUGCAAGACCGCAUGUGUUGAGAAGACGUUAAUUUCAAGAUACAAAUCAGAUUCAGAAUACGACUUUGAUUACUACUACCGUGUUGGAUGUGAGAGCAAAACAGUUAAGAAAACUCUAAAAAGUGUAAAAUGUGAUUGGAAUGUGAAAAAUGGAUCCGAAUACUACCUACAGUACAUGAUCAAAGGAAUCGAUGAACGAAAUCCAAGACUUUUUAUUCGAAAAAAAUGUUGCUUCAGUUCGUACUGUAAUGAGCCAACUCUCAACUCCCGUCGAUAUUGGUAUCGGAAGGAUCAGAGUAUGCUGACGAUCAUCAGGAACAAGUUCAACGCUAGGCAUCUUUUGAAAACGACAGUUUUCAUACUGAUUGUGUUUCUGAUUGCCUAUGGAAGUGUUUCUGUAGUGAUGAGCUGGUUUAAAUCAAAACAUCUUGCUGAAUCAGGCCAGCAAUUUCGACAGCUGGAGCUAGAAUUGAUGCAGGAUACUUCAUUCGAAGAUUCCGCUAUUGUAGAUACGAAAAUCGAAGUUACUGGAAGAUUGACUGUUAAAGAAACUGCCCAGCUUCUAUCCCUUCUCCCAGAUAAUGACAAGGUCAAGUAUUCUAAAAUGAAGUCAGUGUCUUCAGAAGAGUCAACGAAAGAAUCUAAAACAGCAAACACUUUGAAAGCAGCCGAAAGUGAGGCAGUACUAGGAAGGGGAAUGAGAAAGGUUAAAAUAAAAGCUCCAUUAAAAACAAGUGCAUCCGGAUGGGGUCAUAAACUUUGCAAUACAGUAAGAACCAUCAAUUCUCCAUAUGAUAUACUGUAUCGCUUAAUUGAACAUGGUCCAUAUCAAUACCCGUUCACUGCUCUGGAAUUGCUUACGCUAUUCGAAGAGACCGCAUUCAAGAUGGCUGAAGAACCAUCUCUUCUUCAAAUCGAAGCGGAAGUUACUGUAAUCGGAGACAUACGUGGAAGAUAUGUGGAUCUUCACAGAUGGCUUCAAUUGACUGGAUGGCCUCCACAAAAUAGAAUUCUAUUUCUUGGAGGAAUCCUGGAUAACGAUGAACCGGGUUCUGUGGAAUGUCUCGCUCUGAUUUGUGCACUCAAAUGCCGUUUCCCAAAACACGUCUUCAUUCUCCGAGGUAGUCCAGAAACUUCAACAUUUCGAAUGUCGGAACGUCUUCAUCCAGUAAUCACUCGUGCUGUUCAAUCCUGUAUCAAACGGAUGUGUUCUCACAUGUCUUUUGCUGCUAUAAUCGGAAAAUCAAUUCUUGCUGUUUACAGUGGAUUCUCUCCAAUGAUUCGGGAAAAAGGACACAUUCAUCAUUUGUUCCGUCCAGUGACAGCCGAGCAUAUGACUACUGUAGAACGACAUAUCAUUUUCAAUCAACCAUCGAAUCAAGUCGGAAUGUAUCGUCCGAAUCCUAAUUCGGAAGGCAAUUGGUUCGGAAAACAAGCUGUAAAAAGGGCAUGCAAAGCAAUGAAGUGUAAUGUUAUGAUCAGAGGUCAAUCAUAUACUCCGUAUGGCUAUCUUCCUUGCUGGAAUAACCGUUUAAUCAAUUUGUGGUCCGCUCCAGGAUGUGGCUCAAAUUUCGGUGCAGUGCUCUCGAUUUCAAAAGAUUUGGUGAUCACUCCAAUAUUGAUGGAGAAACAACAAGUUGAGAACUAA